UUAAAUAGAAGACUCUUCUCCCAAGAUGAUGCCCUCGUUUUCAUUCCUCAUCGCAUCAAAGCAACACAGCAGCCAACAGCACUACCACCACCACCACCACCACCAUUCAAACACUUAACAAGACUUUCGAGUUCAUCUCAAAGACUCACCCCACCACCGCCAAUAUGAUCGACGCCGCUGAGCUUAGAAGACGCUGGUCGGACAAGACCAACGCCGUCUUCAGCGCCGGCGACCGCCAGGACUCGCACACCUUUGCGGCCGAGAGCUUCGAGCGCGAGUUCGACUUCAAGGGCUGCCAGAGCAUCGUCUUCCUCAACGGUGUGCGCACCGGCCGCGAGGAGGACGUGAUCCUGCUCACCCAAGGCACCGGCCACAUGGCCCUGCCCGCCGGCGUCCAGGUGCUGGUGCAGUCCGGCUUCGUCAAGUGCAACUCCCCGAGCCGCGACGGCGCCAGCAUCGUCGGCCCCGGCGCGCGCGCCCCGCCCCCGACCCUCGCCGCGGGCUAUGCCCCCUCCUCGGCCGACUCUGGCUAUAGCGGCUCGGUCCGCGGCAACACGGUCGACAGCUACCGCAUGAGCCCGCCGCGCGACGCCGCCGCCUUCAUGCGCGGGCCCCCCGCCGCCAGCUCCUACAUGUCGGCCGCCGACAUCCCCCUGCCCCGCAGCACCGCCGGCCGCAGCAACGCCGGCGCCAGCUCCAGCGAGUGGGAGGUCGUCGGCGAGCUCGACGGCUUCCAGGACCGCGCCCGCGACGACUGCAGCAUCGCCCCCAGCGAGAGCAUCAGCUCCGUCGGCAGCCGCGGCCAACAGUUCAGCCGCCGCGCCACCCACAACUUCUGAUCGCGUCUUCGCUUUCCGCGGGGAGAGUGCGACCGGUGGGUGAGGAGUGAUCGGGAACCGAGCGAGGCCCCUGAGAAAGGGGCACACUCUGGCGCGCUUUCGCACCGUCUUGA